UGUCUGUGUACAUCUGUUAAUUCAAAGAUUUGGGAAGCACAACGACUCACCUUGUCUGGCUCCAAACACAACUGCGCCACAGUAUUGGACUCUCCAGAAAACUGUAUCGAUCUAUUCAGCUGUGUUGAGAGUGGAUCUACUCGAGACCUCCAUCAGGUCUGAUUGGACCCCAUUCUACUGCUCUGAGUAAACGACUACCCUCCUGCCUCAGCCCCUGGGCCAUGGUACAUCAGAGUGUGGAAGCUACAAUAUGAGUGUAACUUCGACCACGACUCUGGACAGCCAGCUCGCCACUACCUGGGGUCCUACCAACGCCUACCCCGAUGAUAUUUUCACGAAGCGUUCAUGUCUGUCCCCAGGCCCGCUGGUGAUGUCUGGUUACACAAGUCGGCUGUGGCCUCACGAGUCGCAGCCUCAGUUCUGGACUAAGUACCAGGUGUGGGAGUGGCUGCAGCAGGUCCUGGACAUCCACCAGUUUGACGCCUCCAGCAUUCCCUUCCAAAACUUUGACAUGGACGGCCAUCAGCUCUGCAGCCUGAGCUACCAGGACUUCAUCCGUGCUGCCGGCAGCUUGGGACCCAUUCUCUUCCACAGCAUCACAGAGCUCAAGUGGAGCGGGCAAUACCAAAUAGGGCAACUGGAACUCAAACCCGAAUUAGACUACUCCUGUCCGUUUCCAGAUGUCAGCUUUCCACCAGGAGAACUCUAUGAUCCCUCGCUUCACUCCCUCCCACCUGUUGUCUCUCCCACUCCUUCUAGUCCUGAUAUCAAACGGUCUUUCAGUCGUCCUCACCAGGUCAAAAAACACAACCCGAGGGGGACACACUUGUGGGAGUUCAUCCGGGACAUUCUGCUGAACCCAGAGCGGAACCCGGGCCUGAUCAAGUGGGAGGAUCGGGCGGAGGGGGUUUUCCGCUUUCUGAAGUCGGAGGCGGUGGCGCAACUAUGGGGCAAGAAGAAGAAUAACAGCAGCAUGACCUACGAGAAACUAAGUCGCGCGAUGAGAUAUUACUACAAACGAGAAAUCCUAGAGCGAGUAGACGGCCGCAGGCUGGUUUACAAGUUUGGAAGGAACGCGAGAGGAUGGAGGGAAUCAGAGAAGUGACAAUUUCAUUAAUUUAUGUUUCCUUUUGUGUUGUAUGCAGAUGUGAUGUUUUAUUAUAGUUUUCAUUGACUGUUUUUGAUAAAGAUGUGUUUACGUGUUUGUUUUUUUUCCCUCCCCUUGUCUACUUUUUAUAAAUGCGUUUCUUUUUGUUGUGACACUGCACUGAGAUGUUCCUAAUUGUGCCUUACUAUCAGUAAAAGCUGACACGUGUUUACAUAGAAUCUUGCUGAUGAAAAGGAUAACGAAGCUGCCAGAAAGUUACCGUAAAGCACACGUGAUCCUGUUUUUCUGUCCGAAUCAGACGCUUCAUCCCAGUCCCAAAGGAGCACACGAUGACGCAGCGUUCAAAACACAGGCAAACAGACGCACACUGAGUGUUUUGACGUUGAUACUGUGAAGUGUCCUUUGGGAGGGAUGCUUGAUGGAAGCAUAAAAACAGCAAUAAA